UCAAUAUGACAGAAGGGUUGAGUAUCUUCAAUCUUCAUUGAUAACGGUACUGUUGCUAAUAUACAGAGACUGAAGCUUGAGAGAAGAAAAUUACUCUUGUUAUAGAAGACCUCCUUCUUAUGCAUACAGGAGUCGUUAACAGGAGAUCUCAACACCCCCUCCAAGUCGAUCAAGUGAUUCAAGUGAUACACAAUCAUCCUGCUUGCAAACCCCUCAAAACGCAUGUCAAUUUAAGCGCCAAAUGACUACUACGAAGAAGAGAAUAAGCCGGCAUACAAGGAGUUCAUCUGAGGCUAUUGGUGAAGUGUUGACACGGGCAUCAAAGGCUUAUGAGAUGAGUAUUAAUAAGCUUACAAUUGCACAGAAGGAACUCCAUGAUCUACGGGCUGCACAUGAGAAGGAGAAGCAAAAACGUCGAAGAUCUAAGCAGCAAAUAUCUCAUGAGCAGGGAACUACCAGAGAGGAAGCUCAAGCACUCGUACAAGGUCGGGUUGAAGCAUCCCAAGCUGUUACUACUGCUCCGGCCGAGCCUGAGCUUCCAAGCUGUUACUACUGCUCCGGCCGAGCCUGAGCUUCCAGUCUGUCAUCCACCUGUACGACGUCAAUUUCGCUGCAGUGGUUGUGGUGUUGCAGGACAUAAAAUAACCGGAUGUCCUAAUCGUAUUAGGAAUUCAUUUUUUGUAUAUAAUUAGUAUGUGGGUUAGAAAUUGAGAUUUGAGAU